GCUGUGACGCACACACCUGUGAUAAAGUCUCGUCUCUCCCUCCCUCUCCCCCCUCCCCCAGCUCCAUCAUGCCCAUCUUCAAAAACCUCCCAGUGCGCCUAAAAGGCGGUCCGACUCUAGACAACGCCCUAUUCAUCCGCAGGAUGAGCCUCAACAUCACACCCCGCCAUCAUAACCCCUUUGACAAUGAUGACGACAGUAUCCAUGGUAACGGGGGCCAUGGCAACCACUGGUCACCCGGCAGCUCCCUGCUGGACGGCGAUGUGCCGAGGGACCGCAACCCAUUUGAGGAUGAGGAGGAUGAGAACGAGGCCAACGAGGGGAAAAAAGGAAGCGGAGGAGGUUCGGUGAAGGGUUCCUUCAAGUUCAUGUCCCCGCUGAAGAGCCUCGGGAAGCUGGGGAAGAACCUGAGGAUGUCGGGAAAGAGUGCCACGCUCUCCCCACAAGGGUCGCUGCAAGGGUCGCCCUCACCUUCACCUUCUCAGAAGAAGAAGAGAGGAAGGAGGAGUUCUGAAGGAAGUCUGCUCAGGUUUGCAGGAAAAUAUCGUGACCCCUCCCGUAAGGAAUCGUUAGCCAACGGUGAGCUGAACUGUUCGGAGAGCGAGGGCGACUCGACCAGCCGCCGCGUGUCCUUCAUGAGGAUGGUGGGCCUGGGGAAGACGAAGAAGGAGUCCAUGACUGACCAGUCGUCCCAGGGUCCCGAGGACCAGUCGGUGCCGGUGGAGGAGGUUAAACCCAGAGAGCCACUGUCGGUCCUGGAGAUCCUGCAGCUGGUGAAGAAGCGGGACCUGCUCCUGGCUGACACCCACAUCCUGGAGCUGGAGCAGGAGUGCAACGAGCGAGCUGCCGCGAUGCAGCCCGAGGACGCGACGAGCCCGAGUGUCAAAGAUGGCGGGCGGAGGAAGGCGAAGGAUGUGGAGCUGCUGUACGAGGAGCUGCAGAAGGAGCUGUGGGCCGUGGUCAGGGAGUCCCUGAAGUCUCCGACAGCCGGGCCCAACCUGGGUCUGGUGGUCCAGGUGCUGCAGCAGGAGGAGCAAGUUGACAAAGACUGGGAAGUCAGCGAGGGAGCUGCCCCAGGAGGCCCGAGGCCUCGCCGCCUGAAGCAGAGGUGGAAGGAGGCGGUGGAGGAGGCGGCUGACGACUCUCUGCCUCAGACCACCGAGUUCACAGCCGGAGAACUGAACAAGUACCUGGACCGGCUCCGAACCCGGGUGGUGGAAGACCUGGGGGCUGCCAAGAGGAACGCGGUGUCCAUCUAUCCUGAAGAGUACCAGCCCUUCCAGGUGUACGUACAGAGCUACCACCAGGCGGUUGCACGGCGACUGAAGACCAUCACUGACAACCAGCUGCAGAUCACAGACAUCUACUCCCUGCUGGACUGGCUGCACAACAUGUACAACAGGGAUGUUCUGGGGACUGUAUGCAUAACAAGUCCAUUCAACCACUCUGAGCUCAGUCCUCUGCUGCCGUCAGAGACCGUGGACAGGCUGGAGCUCGACUGUCUUAACUCGGUCCGGGCUAAAGUGACCACAGAGCUGAGUCAGGUCCUGGACGACGAGGAGAAGAGAUGGAUGGAGACGCUGCAGAUCGAGGAGUACCAGAUCACUCUGGCCAAGACGGUCAUAGAGAGGUUGCAGGCCGAUCUGGAGCGUUCGGCCUCCAUCAACAGAAGUCUAGGCUCCAGAGUGGCGCAGUGCAGCAUCAACGGCCUCGCUGACUUCCUGUACAGCUUCCAGCGGAAAGUUGAGAUGUUCCAUGAAGGGAUGCAGGCCGGGAUGUUCGGAGACCACCAGGAUGGAUACGUGUCAAGAACCAUCGCCCUGGUCAACUGCUGCCCUCCAUUCAGAGGUUUCGUGCAGCGCUGCGCUCAGUGUGAUCCGUCAGUUAGCGAGGACUCUCUACGUCGAGCCAACAAGUCUCUGGAUCACAUCAUCCAGCAGGGAGUGAAAGUGCUGUCUGACCGGCUCUACCUGCACAUCAGGCCGUUUUUCGAGCGCCUGGUGAAGAGGAAGUGGCUGACCAACACAGAGCCGUAUGAGCAGAUCGAGGCUCUCAUCAAAGAGGCGUUCAAGAAAUACAGCAAGAUGGACAGUCCUCCGUAUCAGCUGCUGGUGUCGGAGAUCCACCGUCGAGUGGUGACGGAGUACCUCCGCUCAGUCAUGAGAGGCAGAAUCAUCUGCACCUCCAUGAAGAUGAGGAAGAGGAUGGCUGGUCGGCUUAGAGAUGAAGGCAACCAGAUCAAAGUCCUCUUCAAAGACCUGGAGUCGUCCUCCGGUUGGCUGGACAGCGCUCUGUGUCACAUCUCUGAGAUCAUCCAGCUGGAGGACCUCCCCUCCAUCCAGAUGGAGGUCGGCGUUCUGGUCCGAGAGUUUCCAGACAUCAGGAAGAAGCACGUGUCAGCCAUUUUGAACAUCAGAGGGAUGACUCGGCAGGCAGAGCGUCAGGAGAUCCUCAACAUCGUCAAAGACAUCGAGACCAGCGACAGCGGCCCGGCGACGCUCUCCCGGGACCGCGCCCUCUUCGCUGAGGUGCCAGUCACCUCUGAGGUCCACUGCCUAAACGUCGGCUUGAGCCGCAUCGCCCUCACUGCCUCUUCCUGCUUCACCACGCUGCGACCCCGCAGACGCAAAACCCGAACGCCGGUCCAGGAAAACCCCGACGAUGCUCUCUGAAGAGUCCUGCUUCAGUGGCUUUUAUGACUUUAUUAACACAGUUUAGUCAUAACGUUUUCCAAAUCUCAGUGUGAGGAUGUCAUCGUAGUCAAAGGAGCUUGCAAAGCGCAUGGCACAACA